UCGAAGCAAAUCAGUUUACAGUAUGUGCCAAGUAUUCACCAGCAUCAUUGUCAGCCUGGGGCUCUUGGGCGUCUAUGCAGCAGCCAUGCCGCAACAGGCUUAUGCACAACAUUUGGUCUACUAUCCACCGCCGCCAACAGCAGCGCGCAUACAACGAGCACGACGACAGGUGAUGGGCGGCUCAGUGAGCUCGAAUGCCGCUGGCGGGGCUGAUGCGCGUGUGGCGCUGACCAAGGCGCUAGGCACGCCGGAGCACAAUGUGAUUGGACAGCUGUUUGCCGCGGGCAACACACAAGCCCAGCCCAUUAGCACGCCCGUGACCAGCGGUGCCAGCGUGGCCUACAACAACAACGGACAUGGCCUGGAGCUCAGCAAGACGCACACUGCCGGCGUGCUGGACAGCUUCAAGCAGACGGCAACCGCAAAUCUAUUCAACGAUGGCGUGCAUAAUCUGGACGCCAAGGCAUUCGCCACGCAGAACAAACUGGCCAACGGCUUGGAGUUUCAACGCAAUGGCGCUGCUCUGGAUUACGCGCAUAUAAAUGGACAUGGUGCCACUCUGAGCCACAGCAAUAUACCCGACUUUGGCAAGCAAAUGCAGUUGGAAGGUCGCGCCAAUCUCUGGCAGUCGCUGGAUCGCAAUACGCGCUUGGAUUUGGGAGGCACUGCCUCCAAGUGGAUCAGCGGCCCGCUCAGUGACAAGUCCGACUAUGGAGCCAAUUUGGGUAUUACGCACUUCUUUGGCAUUUAA